GCGGACAGCAGAACGAGAUCUCGUAGCUUCCAGCGGACUCUCCUCGCCGCACCACCAACUUGUCACCAAAGAUGGCGAUUUGCUGAGUGCUCAUGGAUACACACAUUUCUCGGCUAGCUGUUAUCUCGCCCGAAACGCCGACUUUAAAAGCAAACUAACUGCUUAGCGAGCGACCUUUUCUCCCAUUUAAAACACAUCUGACGCAGCGCCAGCCGCCGCUACCAUGCAGAUCACGCUGAAAACCCUGCAGCAGCAGACUAUUCAGAUUGAGAUAGACCCCGAACAAACGGUGAAGGCCUUGAAAGAGAAGAUAGAAGCAGAAAGAGGAAAAGACAACUUUCCUGUAUCGGGGCAGAAGCUCAUAUAUGCUGGGAAAAUCUUGCAGGAUGACACGCCAAUUAAGGACUACAAAAUUGAUGAGAAGAAUUUUGUUGUAGUGAUGGUGUCCAAGGCUAAGCCCUCAGCUGCAGCCUCGCCGCCCGUCUCAGAAGCGCCCAAGCCCCCUGUACAGGAUUCCGGCUCGACAUCAACAGCUGCCCCGACCACAAACCCAGCUUCAACCCCAGCCCCAACCCCAGCAGCUGUCCCCAUUCCUCCCGAGGAGGCCAAACAGGAGCCAAGUGCUGCAGCCACAGAACCACAACAACCAGCCAGCUCCAGUGGCGGGAGUCAGGGCUUGGAUGCUUCCUCAGCGCUCGUGACUGGAGCAGAGUACGAGGCGAUGCUGACAGAGAUCAUGUCUAUGGGCUAUGAGAGGGAGAGAGUGGUGGCGGCGCUACGGGCCAGUUUCAACAACCCCCACAGAGCUGUGGAGUACCUCCUCACCGGUAUCCCCAGCAGCCCAGUCCAGGAAAGUAAUCCCCCAGCGCAGGCUCCCGCAUCUGGACCCACAGAAGCCCCAUCUCUAGCAGAAGGAGAGAACCCACUUGCAUUCCUGCGGACUCAGCCCCAGUUCCUGCACAUGAGACAGGCCAUCCAGCAGAACCCCGCUCUGCUACCGGCUCUUCUCCAGCAGCUCGGCCGGGAGAACCCUCAACUUCUACAGCAAAUCAGUCAACAUCAGGAGCUGUUCAUCCAGAUGUUGAACGAGCCGGUGGGCGAGGGGGGAGACGCACCGGAGGUCGGAGAGAUGGGGGCAGCGGGGGAGGAGGGCGCCCCGGUCAACUAUAUCCAGGUUACACCUCAGGAGAAGGAAGCCAUCGAAAGGUUAAAAGCGUUGGGUUUCCCUGAGGCUCUGGUGAUCCAGGCCUACUUCGCCUGCGAGAAGAACGAGAACCUGGCGGCCAACUUUCUCCUCAACCAGGGACUGGAAGACGACUGAACGGCGGAGGAUCACUGCCUUCCUGCUCCUGCCCUCCCCCCCUCUUCUCUAGCUCAGCAUAAAAGACUGCACCCCCCUCAGAUUUUACUGUACAGCUACCAACCUCAGCUCAACCCAACAGGAGGGGGAGGAGGGGGAGAGCCGGCGGAGGGGUGGAGGGGUGGGAAGGGGAGACGGGGUGGGUUUAGGUUCAUAAGUACACAAAGGCCGUGUGCAGGAAGGUCAGCGUACGGGUGGGGAAAAACAACAAGAGUGGAAGAAUUAUAAAAUCCACGUGAAUUCCAAUGGAAUGUGUGGGGUUUGUUUAGGGGAGAUCUAUAAUUUGAUUUUAGACGCGCUUUGUGAACAUUAGGGAAAAGGGGGAGGCGGGCGGGUGAGGGAGGGAGGGAUGGGGAGGGUCUGCGGUGAGAAUGCGUGUUCAUGUCUGCGUGUGUCCGUGUAUGCCUGUGCAGGUGGAUGAUACAGUUUAAGCUGAAAAAAAAGAAACAAAAGUUAAUCGAUCUUGCAUUCUCUAAGUUUGUUAAUGCUGUAGCUGGAUUGUAUGGAAGCACAUUCUCUCCCCCCCACUGCACUUCGACAUUAUCAGUAUGUGUGUGUGUGUGUGUGUGUGUGUGUGUGUAACGGCUCGUGUGUACCUCUGUAAGCCUCACUUAUGAACGUCCAAGAAUGAAGUCGGCAGUUGGACUGCACCGUGCUGCCCUCUGUUUCUGUAUGUGUCUGACAUGAAGUUUGCUGGGGGGCUAUCAGGCCAAGCGGGAACUAAACUGACAAACGAAUAUCUGCUUACUCUGUUCUCCACUUUGUACCGCCCCUCAUCUGUUCUGGGUGAACCACAGGGCGUCCCAGAAAACUUCACAUCGUUUCGCAGGCCAAUAAUUUUGGCAAUUCUUGUUGAAAUAACCUCAAAUUUUCUCAGAAUGUAUAGAAACGGAUCAAGAUUUUAUAUUAAAUGUUUGAUUUCUGUUCUGUUUUCAGGUUGAGCCGUUCACUCCCAAACAGAAGUCAUUUUGCGUCUUGGAAUAAGCUGAUGUUGAUGAUGGACUGCCAAAUUUGUUUGCCAGUUGGUGAAGUUUUUCCAGAUUUUGCAUUGAAGACACGCUGCACAGUCUUGGGUGUGUGUGAGCAAAUUCUAAGACACAAAACGACUUCUCUGGGAAUGAACGGCACGGCUCAGCCUGAAAACAGAACAAAAAUAAAACAUUAAAUAUAAAAUCUUGAUCUGUUUCUAUACAUUCUGUGAAAAUUUUAGGUUAUUUCAACAAGAAUUGCCGAAAUUAAAACAAUGUCAGAAAUUCUGGGACACCCUGUAUUUAGUCUGUGCCGGUAGCUCCAGGUGCUAACUAACACUAUCGAUAAACGUGUACUGUGGAAGCGACACACAAACAUGAAGAUCUUCUCUUACAGUUUAAAAACAACCGUACAGGGAGCAGCCACGCGUCACUGAGGUCAGUUUAAUCCACAAUACAUUCAAAGAUGGCAACAACAAUGCUUUAACCCUCCUGUUAUGUUCAUUUCUUGAGAACAGCGAUGAUUCUCCAGGGGCACGUUUAAUUAUCCAGAAGAGCCAGAAACCAAAAACAUCAAAUGAACAUUGUUUAUAUCUCACUAUUAACUCCAUUACUAAUCAUUUCAGUUGAUAUUUAGUGAAAUGGUGUUCUUUAUCGCUCACAGAUCAGAGUUCAAUGAGGACAAUUCUCGUGUUUUUCAGUUUAAAAAAAUGCACGUUAAAGCUUUUUUAAAAUGUACUCUGGAAAGACCUACAUAUAAAAUACAUGACUGAAUUUUUUUCUUUUUUUGGAGCAAAUUAAGUCUUUUGAGGGUCAGAUUGAGCUGCUGACUUAAAAAUCAACUUUAUUUAAGCACCGUUUUUGAGACAGAAAUAUGUGCAAUGAACCUUUUUAUAUCUUGAGACUUAUUAAGCCAAGCAGAGGAAGUAUCAGACUGAAAACAUACUUCUUUUACUUUAAAAUGGGUCAAUUUGACCAGCAGCGUAACAGGAGGGUUAAAACUUAAUCUGGCAGGUUUAUCUUCAGCCCGGCUUUUCAAACGUUUGCCCCACUGUGGGGCAGAAGUCAGCCAAAGAAAUCCCCGUCAACAGAAAUUAGCCCCAUCCUGUGUUCUCUAUGAGCUAAAAUGGCCACAGAGCGUGCUGUCCCUGCUAACCGUAUUAGCUGAAUACUCUCCAGAUAAACUUCAGGCUAGUAUUUACAGCAUAUGAAUUUAUUUUAUUCAGAAUGCUAAGAUCAGACUCCAGACCAGCGUGCCCGUAAUCAUUUGAGUUCUAAAAAUAAGCAUUGACUUGUUCCAGCUCAAACAGUUGAGUCUAGUUACUGUUUUUAGAUUAAAAAAAAAAAACUAACUACAAAAUACACCAAUGAAUUCUUGUAGUUUGGAGUUAAUGCUCUGUAACAUCCAAAUUAGUCAGACCAAGCGUCUUCCUGCCAACAGAAAUGAUAGAUUAAUCAUGGAAUAUUAUUGAUCAAGUGCGUUUCUUGUUCUGGAAGUGGCACCAGUGAGAAUUUGGUUGGAUUGGACCAACUAGUCCAACCUGAGCAUAAAGUUUCAGUUUCCUAACUACAAAACCAAAAUGAUUAAAGGCCCACAGUGUCAGGUGUUCGUCACAAAAGAGAAAUCUGUUUGUCCAUGCAAGCGCCUUCUCUCAGAAAUCUGAAUAUAAGACACCUCAGCCGAUGCAUUAAAUAACUGACUUCAUACUCUUACUAUCAUCAUGCGUUGUACUAACGAGUCUUGAGUGUCUAAAACGCUUUUUUUUUCGUAUUAUUUGCUUUCUAAUGUUGCUAUCAGACAUGAAGAACAACAUAAGGGAUCUGAGAAGCCAAUCAGUCUGCAGGUUCCUUUGGGAGGGAACAUACUGUGUUUAUUAUUCUGAUCUGGGGCAAAUUGUAGUAGAAAAUAAAUCGAAACCGUUCAAACUGCUCUGAGUCAAUCUGAGUGCUAAUGAAGCUUUAGAUGAAAGGAUGCUAAAUUUAUUUAUCUGUCGGUAGCCGUGUUUCCAGAACGAGUUUGUUUGCAUAUUUUGAAGUUUCACGUUAAAAAAAGUUAUUAAAAUGGCAAAAUUAAGACCAGUUUUACAGAGUUAAUGCAAAUAAUCAGAGAUGGAAACUUAUUUUUUGGGUAAAUCUGACUAAAUACUCUGGACUCCAUGUGUGACAUGUAGAUUUGAACGAAUGCAACAGGGUCAGACUUCCGCAAGCUAAAACAAAACAGAACAAGAACUACACAUCCAUGGGGGUCUGCACCAGAGUAUCGUCAAUUAUAGUCUCGUACUUUUGUGCAACAUUUUAAAAGUUCUUUUCAAAUUUGCUUGACAGUCGUACGGAAACACGGCCACCGUCUAAACCUCCUGACUCUUCUGUGCUGCCCUUAGACAAAUGUUACAUUCAUGAAGGUCUGAGUGACUUAACUUAGACUUAAAUUGACUGUCGUCUGCCCAAACCAGAGUUUGUAUGAACCCCUUGACUGAAGUUUAUGUGAAGCCAAAAAUUUAUAUCUGUAGCUGAUAAGCUACAAGUACAGUAAUGCACAUGGUUGGAAUUCACAUACGCCGUCGUAACACAUGCUUAAAGUGGUCUUGAAAGUAGAGAAAUACCAUCCGUACGUGGUGUUUACACCUAUUGGUCUGCUAAGGAGUAUAAUCAAGGCUUUAGGCUCAGCUGAGGACGCCGUUAGACUACGUCCACUUGGGUCACUGUAGGUUUUUCUGACCAAACUUUGUGUCUGCACAUCGACUCUUCUCCAAGGGUUGGUAGUUUGGAUUCCAAGUGGUGUUCACUGGCCCACAACGGAGAGAAAUAAGAGUAAAACCUUGAUUAUACUCCCUUGCACCAAAGAUAUGUAGAUGUACUACUCUCUAGUCCACUUGGAGGUCAUCUACUCCACCAGCCAAAAGCAUGGACACACAUUGUUCAAUGGUUUUUAUUUAAUUAUUUUCUAUAUUGUAGAUUAAUACUGAAGACACCAAAACUAUACAAGAAUGCAUAUGGAAUUAUGUUGUAAACAGAAAGGUGUUAAUCUCCAGCAUUCAUACAAUGUAGGAAAUAAUGCAAAUAAAUAUAAAGCAUUGAAUGAGAAGGUGUGUCCAAACUUUUGACUGGUAGCGUAGAUGUGUUUGGUUUGAGAACAAUACUGAACUUGUAGCGUAGUCACUGUUUGGACACAAAUUCUUAAGCUGUCAGGGACUUUAAGGUGUGUAAAGUUUAACACUGGCCUUCGACGGACCGACUCUGGAAUCUCAUUGACCAGACCUCCAUCAUGUGGACCAAGACUAUUGGCAAACUUAUUUGUAAUCCUGGCCCCAGUCCAUUAAACAGUUUCUGAAGCUGCCCCUGAUUUUUAGACUACUUUGGCAGCUUAAAUUCAACCAGAGACUGAUGCGUAGAUAAAGAGAAACAGAUAACGGCUACAGCAGCUCAUGAGGAGAAUCGGACCUGUGAGGAGCACAUCUAAUCUAUCAUCACCAUCACACUGUAUGUGCACAUGGGCUAAUUAUCCACUACAGAUUACUGCAUAAUGAAACUUAUUAUGAUGAUAACUGCUGACCGGGGCCCUGUUCUUCAAAUAAUCCAAACUGAUCUGCUGACAUCAGGCGCGUUUGGUUCUUUGGAAACGGUUUGAGGACUGAUGAUGGAUGUCUUUAGAUGAAGGUAGACGGUUGAAACCAUGAGUAGCGCCAUGGUGUUGUGAUUGCUUUAAAUGGUUCCUUAAGACUCGUAUACAAAUUUCUACCUGAAAAAUCAGUUCAGUAAUUGGAUUAAUUCUAAAUGGACGUCCCAGACAUGAUCCAACUCUUCAUGUUUGGACUCCGAAGAAUUCAAACAUCCAGAUUCUUGUGAAUUAACCAACAUCCUGAUCAGAACCACUGAGUAAACCCCAUAAAGAGAGCAGGGCCCUGGUCUGUAGAGUGUGACGUGAGGAUGUGUGAAUGUGUUGCACCUGUUUUAUUUGUACUGCAAAGGUCAGCUUAAUGUGGGUCCAUGAACAGAUGAUAACUGUUGAUGAAAAAAAACAAACUGCAGUCUCAUUCUGUAUGUGUGAAGGCAGUUUGUACUGAUGGCUGUCCUACAGCAUCAACAUGAUCUUAGACUAUGCUGUGCUACAUUAAAUGUCAGCAGUCUUUCAGG